CAGAAAGGGGACAUAAUGUUGGGAGGAAUCUUCUCUUUCCACAGCAGCUGGAAAAACAGCCAAGAUAACUACAAACAAAAACCUCUGCGACUGCAAUGUACCAGUUUAAACUUCAGAGACUUCCAAUUUGCUCAGGCCAUGCUUUUUGCCAUUGAAGAAAUUAAUAAUAACACAGAUCUACUGCCAGGAAUUACUCUGGGCUAUAAAAUAUAUGAUACUUGUGGCUCCAUUGCCAGAAGUGCAAGAGUUGCAAUGGCCUUACUUAAUGGUGAUGAAAUUAAGGCUUCACCUUUAAAGGCAUGUGCAAGAUCUGCACAAGUACAGGUGAUAAUGGGAGAAACCUCUUCUUCUCCAACCACAGCCAUUGCAAUUGCCAUCGGACCCUUCCGUAUCCCAGUGAUCAGCCACUUUGCCACAUGUGCUUGUCUCAGUGAUAAAACCAAGUACCCCUCAUUCCUCAGAACAAUACCCAGUGACUAUUACCAGAGCAGAGCCCUGGCCCAACUGGUCAAAUAUUUUGGUUGGACUUGGAUUGGUGCAGUUAGAACCAAUGAUGACUAUGGAAAUAAUGGCAUGUCAACAUUUAUAGCAACUGCAGAACAGCUGGGUAUAUGUGUCGAGUAUUCCAUAUCAUUCUUUAGAACAGAUCCAUUGGAUAAAAUACAAAAUAUAAUUGAGAUUAUUAAGACAUCUACCUCUAAGGUUAUUGUUACGUUUUUGUCCAACAUGGAUUGGGAUGUUUUGUUACAUGAAUUUUCUAUAAACAACUUAACUGGCUACCAGUGGGUGGGAACUGAAGGAUGGAUUUCUGAUUCUCAACUUGCAGCAAUGGAUACAAAUCAUAUUCUGGAUGGGGCUAUAGGCCUUUCCAUCCCCAAAGCACUUGUCAGUGGAAUAGAAAAGUUCAUGUUUAAUGUUAAGCCACUGAAUUCAUCAAAUGGUGUCUUAUUUAGAGAAUUGUGGGAGGCAUUGUUUAGCUGUAAGUUCAAUAAAUCAAGCUCAGCGGCAAUUCAGAAGGAAUGUACUGGAAAGGAAGAUCUUACUGGAGUGGAAAACAGCUUCACUGACAUGUCACUCAUGCCCAUAUUUAACAAUGUCUAUAAAGGAGUUUAUGCAGUAGCCCAUGCUCUGCAUGACAUUCUCAACUGUAAUAAAACAUGUGACAAAAACAUCCAACUGGAUUCAUUAACAAUUUUACAGCAUUUACUAAGGAUUCACUUCAAAACAAAGGAAGGAGAGGAUGUUUACUUUAAUGAGAAUGGAGAUCCACCAGCAAAAUAUGAAAUCAUAAACUGGCAGCCAAGAGAAAGAGACACAGUUGUUUUUAUCAGUGUUGGAAUAUACGAUGCAUCAUUACCUGAAGAUAAACAACUUAAUGUGCAAAAUAUGUCUUUAAUUUGGGCAAAAAACUCACUGCAGGUCCCUGUGUCAGUUUGCAGUGAGACGUGUCCUUAUGGAACACAUAAGGUUCUCAAGAAAGGAAAACCUGCCUGCUGUUAUGACUGUGUACGAUGCACAGAAGGAGAGAUGAGCAACAAUACAGAUUCUACUACCUGUUUGAAAUGCUUGCCAGAGUUCUGGUCAAAUGAGGGAAGAGACUCCUGUAUAAAGAAAGAAGAACUGUUCCUUUCAUAUGAGGAAAUUAUGGGAGUGUUACUAACAACAGCUUCCUUAUUUGGAACAUGUAUGACUGCUGUUGUAGCAGCCAUUUUCUUCAGACAUCGGAAAACUCCUCUUGUGAGGGCAAAUAACUCUGAGCUGAGCUUCCUGUUGCUCUUCUCCUUGACCCUGUGUUUCCUCUGCUCUCUGACUUUCAUCGGCCAGCCCUCUGAGUGGUCCUGCAUGCUGCGGCACACAGCAUUUGGAAUCACCUUUGUCCUCUGCACCUCUUGUGUUCUGGGCAAAACCAUAGUGGUUUUAAUGGCCUUUAAAGCCACAAUUCCAGGGAAAAAUGUCACAAAAUGGUUUGGACCUGCACAGCAGAGAGUUAGUGUCCUGGGUUUUACUCUAAUUCAAGUCAUCAUAUGUAUCCUCUGGUUAACAAUCUCUCCUCCUUUUCCAAUCAAGAACUUUAAGGAAUUCAAAGAUAAAAUUGUUCUGGAGUGCAAUUUGGGUUCUACUCUUGGUUUCUGGUCUGUGCUUGGAUAUAUAGGGCUACUUGCCAUGCUGUGUUUUAUUUUUGCUUUUCUGGCUCGAAAAUUACCUGAUAAUUUUAAUGAAGCUAAACUGAUCACCUUUAGCAUGCUGAUAUUCUGUGCUGUGUGGAUCACUUUUAUCCCAGCUUAUGUCAGCUCUCCUGGAAAGUUUAGUGUUGCUGUAGAAAUCUUUGCUAUUCUUGCUUCUAGUUUUGGUUUGCUAAUUUGUAUUUUCAUACCUAAAUGCUAUAUCAUGCUGCUGAAGCCAGAGAUAAAUACAAAGAAAAAUAUGAUGGGGAAGGGGUCACAAAAGAGAUUUUGAAAACUUAAAUCAACUUUUUUUUCUUUACAUUUGUAAUUUCUAAUGUAGUAUAUCUUUAACAGACUAAGUAUACCCUAGGGCUCUAACAGUCCCAGUAAAUAAAUCAUGGUGAUGUACUAAUACAGCAGCACAGCAAUAAAUACAUUAAAAAGGCAAAUGUGGUAAGGUAGUACUUGUUUAAUGUCAAAUUAAAUUUAAAACAUUUUCAUCUAGUUUGAACUAAAGGUCAUGUGUUAAACAAUUGACUUUAUUAGGUCCAAAACUAAAGGGUAUAAUUUUUGGAAUAGAAAAAAAAUAUCCUUAACUUCUUGCUAAACAAAUAACUAUGCCAGAUUAAAGAAGUUGUCAAAAUACAAAAUAAAUUGGCUGUAAAAUGUUAAUCUCACUAUCAUAGCUGCCUGUUGUGACACUGUUUGAGCACUAGGUGGAGCUUGUUAAUAACCGAUUUGCGUAC